AUGACAGAAACAGUUAAAGCUAGUGAUAUUUUAAAUAAAUCACUCAGUGGUCAUCUUGUUGAAGGUGAAGAUACUUUAUUAUAUGAUUUAGGUAAUUUAUGUGCCUUUGAUCACUCAUCUAUAGAUAAAAACGAAUACAAAGAAAACCCAACUAAAUAUAUUAACGAAUUAGCAAGAAAAAAUGUACAACUUUUAAUUUCAAGAUUAUUCCAAUUACCAAUUAAAUCAAUUGAAGAAGGUUCAUUAGCUUUAUUACCAAAAUGUGAAACUAAAAUUCCAAGAGAAAGAUCUGUCCCACAAGGUAAACAAAAAACAAGAUGGGAAGCAUUUGCAGAACUUAAAGGUAUUAAAAAACAAAAGAAAUCUAAAAUGCAAUGGGAUGAAAAACAUCAAGAGUAUCGUCCAUCAUAUGGUUACAAAAAAGCUAAUGAUGAUAGUGGAGAGUAUAUUAUUGAAGGUAAACAAUCAGAUAAGGUAGGUGAUGAUCCAUUCCAAAAGAAAGAAGAAGAAAAGAAUCAAAAAGUCCAAAAACAAAAGAAAAGAGAACAAAGAAAUUUCGAUGAAGCAUCAAUGCGUCAAAUGGGUAAUGUUGGUAAAUCACUCACUUUCAGUCAAGAGAAUCGUCCAACUAUUAAAUCAGAUAUGGAAAAAGUAUUUGAUGUAGCUAAACUUUCAACUGCAAGCUUGGGUCGUUUCGAUAAAAAAGUUGAAAAUGAAAAAGAUAAAACUAAAAGAGGUAAUAAAAAACUUGCUGGUCUUGGUGCCGAUAAUGUUCAAAAAGAAUCAGAAUCCAAUCAAAAAUUAGUUGAUCGUAUGUUUAAGAAAGAAGAUGUAUUAAAUGUUGAUAAAGCAGUUAGACAAGAAGUCAAAUCACAAGAAAGAGAAAACUAUUCAAAUAAAAGAAGAGAUUUUAAACAAGGUGGUGGUUCAAACAAAAGAUUCAAAAAAUAA